AUGACCUGCGCAUUGGAAAUUAUGUUGGUCGAAGACUACUCUCUUGGAGAUGUGAUCGUCUUCGACUUGGCAAACGUGAAUGGUGGACACAUCGUGCGCACGGAUAUCAACCUCAUCCGCAAUCUCGAAGUCUGCUACAAGACUGCUUACCGCCGGAGGUUGAAAGGACUGCACUUGGUGAACGCGUCGAAGAUCAUACAUUCAGCCAUGAAAAUAGUGAAGGUGGCGCUGUCUGAAAAGUUACAAAAGAGGGUGUUCGCGCACCUUCCAGGAUCGACGACUCUGUUCGAGUACGUGCAGCGUGACUGCAUACCAGACGAGCUGGGGGGCACUGCUGGACCUGUUGAUAACUUUUCCUACAAACUUAGGGAGAUGGUCAGCCGUGAGUGGCUGCUGGAGAAAGACAAGUACAUGUCAGACGAGAGCAAACGCCCCGCCGAGAACCGCUAUGGCGACAUCUACGGCAUCGCAGGCUCGUUUAAAAAACUGUCCGUGGACUGA